CUUCAUUACAAUUUAUUUUCUUCAAUUUCAGAUAAUGGUUGUACAAUUUUUACUCAUAUUUUACCUUCUUCUUUUAUUUAUUAUCUUGGAAAGGGUAAUUUUGUGUCGUUUGAUGAAAAAUUAGGUUUAUUAACUGUUAAUGAUUCGAUAUAUGAAUUGUUUAAUUAUUUUAAUACUCCUAAUAUGAAGCAAAGAUUGCGAGAAAUUUUAUAA